UGUCUGUGGCGUGAGAUGUCAAAGGCAACGAUAGCGCCAUCUGUGGUGGCAAGCCGUAAAGGCAGCUGCCGCAACUCUGCGAUUGGAUGUGAAAAAGGCGGGACUUGGCGGCCGGAAGCGGCCCCCCAUUACCUCCAGAGUUUUCCCGAAUGCGGCUGUGAAGAGAUGGAGGCUGCGCUGGAGGACGGCGAGGUGCUGGACUCAGAGUCGGACUUGGAAAUGACAACCGGCGCCGAGUCGCAGAACCAGCAAUCUGCAGUUCCCACCUGUUCUGCAACACUGUUUACUGCGCAAAAUGACUUUCAACCUCGUUCAUCUUCAUUUGAUUUGAGCAAUUGCUACCGAGUCACAGCAUCUGACAACUCCAGUGAAGACAGUGAGCAAGACUCUGAAGAAGAAGAAAGACUGUUGUGGCGUAAAAAACGUCAGAAAUGUUCACACAAUGGAGGUGAUGUACCUCAAAAACCAUCAGUAACGCCUUUUGGCACAGCUGGAGAAAGUUUUGCAACUUCUAACAAUUCUGCCAAAACAGCAGGUCGAAAAGUUAACAAUGUUUGGGGUUGUGUGCUACAGGAGCAGAAUCAAGAUGCAGUGGCAACAGAGCUUGGGAUUCUGGGAAUGGAAGGCAACGUCGACAUGGCUUCUCGGCAGUCUGAGACUUACAAUUAUAUACAGGCAAAGAAAAUGAUGAUAAAACAACAGGAGGAGGAGGAAGAAAAGGAACUGGCUAAAUUAGAAAAAGAAUUGGAUGAAUAUGUUCAGGAUGGAAAGAUCAGCAAAAAACUGCCGGUGUCUAAUUCAGGCAUCCUCAAGCGAAAAAGACCUGUUAAAGAGAGGCUGGGUGAAAGAGUUGAAAUGGACUAUAAAGGAAAAUGUGAUAUUACUGAAGAUGAUAGUCCAGAGAAGAUUUCUGAUGAAAUAGCUCACAGACUCCGAGAGCCAAAAACUGCUUUGAUACUUAGAGUUGUGCAAAACAUUGGAAAGAAGAAAGCAAUAGAACUCUUGAUGCAAACAGCUGAGGUUGAACAGAAUGGUGGACUCAUGAUUUUUGAUGGAAGUCGCAGAAGAACGCCUGGUGGAGUUUACCUGCAGUUGUUGAAAAAUACUCCAAGUAUCACUCAAGAUCAGUUAAAGGAAAUAUUUUAUGAUGAAAAUCAGAAGGAAUAUAAUUCCAAAAAAGCAGCUAAGAAAAGGAGGCGUCACAUAAUUGGAAAAAAGAUGAAACAGGCAAUCAAGGAUCUGAAUUUGCAAGUAGAUGAUGAUGCUUCACGAGAGACUUUUGCUAGUGACACAAAUGAUGCCUUGGCUUCUGUUGAAGAUACAGAAGAAGUUCAGAUGGAUAAGUCAACAUUAGAUCCAGAAGAUGCAAUUGAACUUGAUCAUAGUAAUGAUUUGGAAAUAUUUUGAAUUUUACUAAAAGUGCUGACAUUACUACAAAACUAAUGUAAUCAUUGUUACUGCAUUGCUGAUCUCAUUGAAAUUUCAAUUUGAAAUGUGUUACAUUUAAAACACCUCUUCAUGGUUUCAUUUUUGAUUCUUUAUGGUGGUGAUUGUUUGUCAACUUGUAAAUCAGUGUCGUCAUGGUAUCAAUCUCACAGUAUUGUUAAAGAUAUAGCAUAAAGCAACACAUUCAUAUUAGCAAAGGUAAAUUUCAGCAGUUUAUUUGUGAUCAAUAUUCUGUAAAUUUAUCUUGAUGCACAUCGACUAUUUUGGAGAACUUUUUUAAUGAAUAAAAUGCAGAUAUUCUUUGCAGAUCAUUUGAUUCAUUUCAAUAGAAAUGAAUCUGGUUUUAAGAACAAAGAAAGCCAUAUUGAAUGAAUGUAAUUAACUUUGGUUCCUUCUACAAAAUUAUUUGAAACACUGAAAAGAUAUUUAGUAAAUGGGU